AUGAUGGUAGCGAGAGGCUGUUGUCUCUUCAACAAGUGCUACAGGGGGAAUUUUGAAGGGGAUCUUCAGUAUCACGAAGUCCCUCAAGUAGAGACGCUAUCGGUUCCAACCAAAGUUGGCCCUGUUUUUAAGGGUGAUAUUCCUCAUGUCGAGGCGGGGGUCAGAGCUGUUUCUCCGGUUAGGGGAUCAGGUGUGGUUAGCGGCCAAGUCGUCUCCCGACGUCGGUCCGCUGCUGCGGAUUGCGCUCUUGAGGAGGAUGUCAGUGAUAAUACUAUUGGCAGGCGUUUGCAUCGGAAAUGCAACAUCGAUCCUUUGUUCGCUAAGUCACCCAUUGUUAUUGAGAUUGUUGAUGGUGACGAUCCGCAAGCAAUGGAGACAGUGGGUUUACGUCGGCUGGGAGAGCCAGGCAUUAUGGGCACUCGCUCCGUCCUGACCUCGGUUUCAGGUAAUGCCCCGUCGGCGACAGAUCCUUCGUCUUCGGUUGCUCCUGGUGUGUAUCUCCCGAGUGAGUUCACGCUUGGGAUUUGUCGUGUGAAGGCCGCAUAUGUGGCUGUUGGUAUAGAGAGGGGGAAGCAGAUGGCACAAGUGUGGUCGGCUGGCAGCGGUCCUGGCUCGUGCGAUCCGGACGCUACAGAACGGUCUGUUGAUAUAAUGCAUGCUGCCAUCAGGGAUUUUGCCAAGACGGGCUUCGUGUCCUAUAUCCAUUUGGGUGAGCUCAGCCUUGCUAAUCUUCGCCAACUAUGCUCUGAAGAGGAGGAACUCGUUUCAGAUGGUGGUGCUGACGGUGCUGCCUCGACUCAACCUCGCCAGGGUUGA